AUGUCUUGCUCCCCAGAAGCGGUUGAGCUUGCGAAGUACAUAGAUGGCCCACCACUGGCGGGCAUCUUCAUGAAUACUAUGUUGUAUGGAGUAAUGAUUACCCAGACGUUAUAUUACUACUCGACCUAUGGACGCGACUCCAAAUGGAUGAAAUAUUAUGUCGGAAUCCUGUUUCUCUCCGACACUGUGAAUUCCGUCUUCAGUAUGUGGUUUAUCUACAACGUGCUCAUUAAUCACUUUGGAAGCCUCAAGGCAGUCGAAUUAGCCAACUGGCGUGAGUAA